AACUUUUAAAAGGAAAAAACGUUGGAAAUGCGAAGUGUUCAUUGUUUCGAGCCAGAGUGAGAACGGCUUGAUGGAUGGCAUUAAUUAAUGAAGCAACAAAAACAGUUUCCUGAUAAAUGGAAGAACAUGUUAAGGCAGGAAAGCUUAAAAAAGAAAGAUAAAGAAGUGGGCGGUGCAUAUACGACGACGAAGAAGGGGUCCGUACGUUGUAUAUGCAGUGCAGUUGGGUUUUAUUUUUUAUGUGCGAGCGGAUCGCACAUGCUCGAUGACCCAGACAAAAGCUGCUGCUGGCUGCUGAGGGGUUUCAACUUGAAAAAUGAGAAGGGGGUGGGGGUUGAAACUUCCUCUUUUUUUUUCUCGUUCCCCUGGAAUAUAAGCAGUACCACUAGUGACUUCGAUCCGAUCUAGUCGACACUCUUGUUGACUCUCGGUUUGAAAACUUUGAUUUUUCUCCCCCACACACAAAAGUUGCGCAUAAUGGAACAGAACUAUUUCAUCGACGAUCCCCUGGUUGCUUACAAGGCUAACUUAGCCCAAGUUCUACAUUGUUUACUCUGGACGGAUGAGGGGGAGGAGAACAGAAGAGGAAACGAUUCCGGUGAGUUGUUGGCUUCCACCCUGCGGCAGCAUCUGCGCAAACAACUGGCUUUCACCGAAUACGUCCAACUACAAACAUCUGCCCGGCUCGUGUCCGUUGACAUCCGUGAUAAUGGCAACAACUUGCCUGCCAUUACGACUAACACAGCAAUCCAGCGCCAGAUUGCCGCCGUGACUGAUGAUGAUGACGACUUGAUCCGACGUCGUACAUUGCUGAUGGAAUGCUUUCAGGGCGUCAAUCUCCAUUACUCGAGUUACACCCAACAACGUCUGACCCCUCCACCAUCUCCUACACUCAGUCAAAUUGGGCCUAGUCUUUGAGUAACAUUGUUCUAAAAUUCACAAGGCGUAUACGAGUGCAAUUAUUUACGUUUACUUUCAUUAUUUUGAAUGUCAUCGAGUACCCUAGUCGUUGUCUGCCAUCUUUGCCAUUGUUCGAAUUAUCGAUUUGGCAAUGUUCCAAUAACUCAGUUGAAACUGUUCAGUAUUAAAAUGAUCCACAAAAUGCACUAAAAAAAAGGGAAAUAAAACACAAAUGAUUUGUAUUGCCAGUUUGGAAGAAAGUAGGCUUUGAAAAAUGACUAGAAAAGGCUGUCGGUCACAAAAGUUUUCGAAAUUAGGUAAUUAUAAGUGAAACGAAAUUAAACGUUCGAAA